GCCACCGUCCAGUGCCUGCCGACUCGUCGCGUCGCGCGGUCGCGUGAUCCUCGAGCGUGCGAGCGAGCGUGUGCUUAUCGCGCCUUUAUCGUCGACCGCGACGCGCUCUGCGCGUCACGCUGUCGUGCGUUUCCGAGCGCUUGUUGCGCUUCAUCGACAGAUGCGUCGUCGGCGCGCUUCUUCGUCGCCGUCGGGAACCGGUGUAAGCCUCUAAGUCGCGCGGUAGCAGCCGGGUUUCCCUGUGGGGGGACACGUGGCAAAAUAUUUGUGUCGUGAAGAUAUCGGACGACGGAUGGAUGGAAUAAAUUGAUGGGCGGACACGCCACACACGGUAAAUUGGGUAAGGAAUAAAUCGUUUCCAAGAUGGGGGCGAUGUUCAGGAGCGAGGAUAUGGCCCUUUGCCAGCUGUUCAUUCAGCCGGAGGCGGCUUACCUUUCCGUUUCUGAACUUGGCGAAACCGGUACGGUGCAAUUUCGCGAUCUGAACGGCGACGUGAAUUACUUUCAACGGAAAUUCGUCAACGAGGUCCGGCGAUGCGACGAAAUGGAGCGCAAGCUUCGAUACAUCGAGGCGGAAGUGAAGAAAGACGACGUGCCGAUCCCGGAUGAUCUUACGGAGCUACCGCGCGCACCCAACCCACGCGAGAUUAUAAAUCUCGAGGCGCAUCUCGAAAAAACGGAGAACGACAUACGAGAGCUGAGCCAGAACGCGGUAAAUUUGAAGAGCAACUAUCUCGAGCUGACGGAGUUACAGCAUGUACUCGAGAGGACACAAGGGUUCUUCACGGAGGAAGAGGCCAACGAUUCGAUCACCAGGGCGCUCAUCAACGAGGAACCGCAGAAUCCUGUCGUCACUACACGUGGACGCCUCGAAUUCGUCGGCGGGGUGAUAAAUCGUGAACGGGUCCCAGCCUUCGAGAGAAUGCUCUGGCGAAUAUCGCGCGGGAACGUAUUUCUCCGGCGAAGCGAGCUCGAUAAACCACUGGAGGAUCCGGCUACGGGCAACAAAAUCUACAAGACGGCCUUCGUGGCGUUCUUCCAAGGGGAGGAACUGAAAAGCCGUAUAAAGAAGGUUUGUACCGGCUUCCACGCUUCGCUCUAUCCGUGUCCGACCAGUCCUGCCGAGCGUCAAGAGAUGGCAAAGGGUGUUCGAACAAGGCUGGAGGAUUUGAAUUUGGUAUUGAAUCGGACGCAAGAUCACAGGCAGCGCGUUUUGCAUAACGUGGCGAAGGAAUUGCCAAACUGGAGCAUCAUGGUGCGCAAGAUGAAGGCCAUUUAUCACACGAUGAACCUGUUCAACAUGGACGUGUCGAAGAAGUGCCUUAUCGGGGAAUGCUGGGUGCCGGUGUCUGACCUCGCAACCGUACAGCAUUGCCUCACGGAAGGAUCGCGACUCUGCGGCAGCUCCAUACCGUCCUUCCUCAACGUGAUCCACACGGACGAGAAUCCGCCGACGUUCAACAGGACGAACAAGUUCACCAAGGGUUUUCAAAAUCUGAUCGACGCGUAUGGGAUUGCGUCGUACCGCGAGGCUAAUCCGGCGCUCUACACUAUCGUGACCUUUCCUUUCCUGUUCGGCGUAAUGUUCGGCGAUGCCGGCCACGGACUGAUAUUGACGCUCUUCGCCGCCGCUAUGAUAAUCAAGGAGAAGAAGAUCAUCGCGCAGAAGUCGGACAGCGAGAUCGCAAACAUAUUCUUCGGCGGCCGCUACAUCAUCCUCCUCAUGGGUCUGUUUUCCAUAUACGCUGGUAUCAUCUACAACGACAUAUUUUCAAAGUCAGUUAACAUAUUCGGAUCUAGUUGGGAGAUCUCGUACAACAUGAGUACAGUGACGGAAAACCCCGAGCUCCAGUUGCAUCCGGGGCAUAACUUUAAACAGUAUCCAUAUCCCAUGGGCCUGGACCCGGUUUGGGUGCUCGCUCGCAACAAGAUUGUAUUUCAGAAUUCGUUUAAAAUGAAGCUGUCCAUCAUUUUCGGCGUCGUGCACAUGAUGUUUGGCGUGUGCAUGAAUAUCGUCAAUAUCGUAAACUUCAAAAGGUUUCACAGCUUGUUCUUGGAAUUCCUGCCACAACUGCUCUUCCUUAUUCUGCUGUUCUUUUACAUGACUGUCUUGAUGUUCAUCAAAUGGAUUCUGUAUAACUCUAAUGAUGACGAUUCGCCGCGAAGUUCAAAGUGCGCUCCAUCAGUCUUGAUAACGUUCAUCAACAUGAUGCUCUUCAAGCACUCCAAUAUGCCGGAAGGUUGUUCCGAGUACAUGUUCGAAGGACAAGACAUUUUGCAGCUGACUUGCUUCGGCGCCGCUAUCUUGUGCAUCCCGGUGAUGCUCUUCGGAAAGCCGUUAUAUGUCUUGAGCACGAGAGCGAGUAAACGCAGGAACACGGGGAAGGUGUGCAGCAACGGAAAUGCAUCGCAAGAGAUCGAAAUGCAGAGCGAAGGAGUGCAGACGGCAGGAACCAGCAACGACACGGCGGCCAGCGGCGGCCACGGCCAUGACGAUGGCCCUUUCAGCGAGCUGAUGAUCAAUCAGAGCAUCCACACUAUCGAAUACGUGCUCUCCACCGUUUCGCACACCGCCUCUUACUUGAGAUUGUGGGCAUUGUCGUUGGCUCACUCUCAGCUGUCCGAGGUGCUCUGGAGCAAGUUGCUGCGGAUGGGUUUGGGCGCCGAUGAAGGCGAAUUUUUCAGCAGUGUGUUUUUGUUCAUAUUUUUCGCCGCCUGGGCGUUCUUCACUAUCGCCAUUCUCGUCAUGAUGGAGGGCCUCUCGGCAUUCCUGCAUACGCUUCGACUUCAUUGGGUCGAGUUCAUGACCAAAUUCUACGAAGGCCUAGGAUAUCCCUUCCAGCCGUUUUACUUUAAGAGUAUUUUAGAUGCCGAGGAUACUGAAGAGUAAGCGGCCGCUAGUCCAGACAGCAAUAAUCGUUAGAUAGAUAUAUAGAUGUAUAUGUACACAUUUAUUGAGUUAUACGCGCGAAGACCUCUUUAUACAUUAUGGAUAUACUUUAUACAUUAUGUAUCGAGUAUUCUCAUAUACACGCCUUGUUUCGUUGCCUGGAGGACUAGAGGGAACGGGAGGACCAAACCGCCGUGGAUUGUUUUAAAUAAGCCUGACAAUAUGUGCCUUCGGUAAUUUUAGCCGUCGAUCGCGUGCAUGUAACGUGCGAUUGGAUUAACGCUGCCCGCCGCGCUCGUACCAUCCCGACCGCGAUUUUUCCGUAAUGUUUAAGAGAAAAAGAGAAAACGCAGUUUUUUCCCCACCGACGCGAUCAAUAGCGCAGGUGGACCGUUCUGUUUUCGCGAAAUAACGAGCGAAUAAAUUGGCGAAGAACGGCGGGCUUGCGCCGUGCCCAACAUUAAUCCGUCUGAUUGUACAUCGGUGGAAUAUGCGUGCGCGAUAAUCGCAAUAUCGCAAUAUAAUCGUUUUUAACACAUUUCUCCCGCGAACAUUUACGCCGUGCGCGCGCGAGCGGAGAGAAACAUUUAUUUGCGCAUUAAAUAUUUAUUGGUAUUUGCUUCCGCUCGCAGCCGAAUGAGUCGCCGAUAGGGAACUGAAAAUUUAUCCGUUUUCGAAUAUUGUAUAGCUGAGUCACCGCGACGUUUUUAUCUGCCUUUAUUUCGCGUCGACUCUUUUAAAUUUAUAUUUUUUACGCGGGAUUGUUUAAUGAAAAGAAGAAGAAAAAAAAGAGAGAAGCCCUUCUCAGCCAGUGGACUAACCGUUUUGUUUGAAACAAGAUACGCUUAAAACUGACUUCGCUCGUUUAGUGUUAAGGCUCCUGCUUCCUCUCCAUGGCCAUUUUGAUCAAUAACGUCAAAAGCGAGGAAAUACAUGCUCGGAAUUCUUGCGAGGCAAGUGGAAAUUACACGUUCAUAAAGUAAUGCAUGUUUGCACUUGCAACUGAUUGAGCGGAUUUAUAAAAUUCGCGCUUUGCUCCAAAAUAAUCAACAAGUAGUAACGAAAUUACUGUGAUAAAAUCACGUAGUUGAGAAGCGCGCAAAAUAUUUUAUGUUGAUCUUGCGCUAAUUUCACGGCAAUUUUUUAGUACUUUGCAAACUUGCUCAAUCGAGAUUGUCACUUUGUGGGCGUAUAUUAUUUCGACGUAUUUCUCGCAAGAAUUUCGAGCGUGUAUUUUCUCCUUUCUCCGGUCUCAUUAAUCAUCGAGAUGAUCGUGGCGAAGGACCAGGAGCCUCAAAGCGUCGCGUGUUAUAAUCGCGGCAUUACGAGACGGAGGUGUAAAAAGGAAAAUGUAACAGGUGCAUGCGCGAUUCACAAAUCAUGCUGCUACUGCUGCUGCUGCUGCUGCUGCCGGUGCUCAGUGCGCAUCGUAUUCAUUCCAUUAAUUACCUAGUAUAGCGGGGACACGCCAUAGUCGAAUAGUUUGUCCUUAAGCGACGUCGUUUUGUAAUGUUUUAUCGCAGCGAUUAAUCGCGACGCGUGCAGCCGUCACCGCGGGAAAAGCGGCGAUUCGAACCGUUGUAAUUUCGCCCGGUUACACCCAGAAGAAGAAUCGUGUUCUCGUCGAGCAAACGCGCUCGACGAAUAAUCAAGAUCACGGAAACGCGUCGCACGAUCAAUAUGCGUCUGAUCGAUCCGUUGACUCGAUAAUGAACGAUCGUGAGCGGAGCUCGCUUAAGCAGCGUUGGUGCUGCGAACGCGUGGCAAUUACAACGGUUCGGGUGUCUAUGAAAUCAGAGUGGGAGAAACCACCGCGUGCCGCUACGUAGGGUCUAAUUAAUGUUCGACAGUCUCAGCGAGCAGCGUCGCGAGUGUACAUUAUAUACAUAUAGAACAUAGAAUACAUUCUGCAUUACUGAAGUACAAAUCCUCCUGAGUGAUGAGUAACCAAGGAUAUUCGAAUUUGCGAGUUACCAUUACGACUGUAUCCGCCGUGGAAAAGAGCGCGUCGAUCCUCUCUAAAAUACCGCAUGUUAUUAAAAAUCUCGAAUGUAUCAAAGUUACAUCGAAGCAUUAAACCUUUUUUCCGUGAUGCUGA